AUAGGGAAUCAGUAUAUAGUUAAGAGCCUGCAAGGCAAGGCAUCAUUUCUGACACAGGACUAUUUGGCAGCAAUACAUGGAGGAAGCCGCAGGAGUAUAGAGAUGGGAAGGAAAGAAUUUACUGGAUUGGAAGUCUCCCUGAUCACCCUCUUCCUUUUGGCAGCGAUUAUUGCCAGUGUUUUGAUUGGGCUUUUAGCAACAGGCCAUACUGGAUUCAAAGAAUUUUCUCCAACUUGCCCAGUUGUGCAACCAUCGGAGAGAAUAGACUGCAUCCCAGAUACAUUGGCAACAAAGGACAUAUGCACGCUCCGUGGCUGCUGCUGGAGCCCUCAGAAUGAAACAAGCAUACCCUGGUGCUACUUUUCCAACAGCCAUGGAUACCAGGUAGAAGGAGGCCAGACAGACACAGAAACAGGAUUUGAAACUACACUGACAAGAAUACCUGCACCAUCCUUGUUCGGAAAUGAUAUUGAAAGGCUUGUCCUGACUGCAGAAUAUCAGACCGCAAAUCGCUUCCGGUUCAAGAUUACAGAUCCUGAUAAUAAGAGAUAUGAAGUCCCCCAUCCAAAUGUUUCACCCUUUCAAGGACCUAAAGCAACAAAUACGAACUACAGAGUUGAAAUAACUGAGAAUCCUUUCAGCAUCCGUGUGAUCAGGAUGAGCACUAACAACGUCCUGUUCGACACCAGUAUAGGACCACUUGUGUAUUCUGACCAGUUCCUGCAGCUCUCCAUCAGACUGCCAAGCUGGAAUGUUUAUGGUAUCGGAGAACAGAUCCACAGGCAGUAUCGGCAUGAUUUUAACUGGAAAACGUGGCCCAUUUUUACUCGGGAUGCUGCACCUAUUGGAGAGAUGCACAACCUGUAUGGUGCACAGACUUUCUUCUUAUGCCUGGAAGAUGGCAGUGGACAUUCCUUUGGUGUAUUCUUUAUGAACAGCAAUGCCAUGGAGGUAAAGCUCCAGCCAACUCCUGCUUUGACUUACCGUACUAUUGGAGGGAUCUUGGACUUCUAUGUAGUUUUGGGACCAACUCCAGAACAAGUGGUUCAGGAAUACACUGCACUCAUUGGACGUCCAGUCAUGCCACCAUACUGGAGUCUGGGAUUCCAAUUGUGCCGCUAUGGAUAUGGAAAUGACACAGAAAUCUCCGAUCUUUAUGAUGCAAUGAGAGCAGCUAAGAUACCCUAUGAUGUACAAUAUGCAGAUAUUGAUUACAUGGAACGGCAGCUGGACUUCACUAUCGGUCCGGAAUUUUCAAAGCUUCCGGCUCUGGUUGACAAAAUGAAACUGGAUGGAAUGCGAUUUAUCAUCAUUUUGGAUCCAGCCAUUUCUGGGAAUGAAACCAAGCCUUAUCCGCCAUUCACAAGAGGGGUUGAGGACGAUGUCUUCAUUAAAUGGCCCAAUAGCAGCGAUAUUGUGUGGGGGAAGGUAUGGCCUGAUUACCCUGGUGUAGUUGUGAAUACAUCAAUAUCCUGGGACGAGCAAACAGAGUUAUACAGAGCUUACGUUGCAUUCCCAGACUUCUUCCGCAACUCUACAGUGCAGUGGUGGAAAAGAGAAAUUCAGGAGUUCCACACCAACCCUACCAAUCCAGCAAAUAGCAUUAAAUUUGAUGGCAUAUGGAUUGAUAUGAAUGAACCAGCAAAUUUUGUCAAUGGUGCAGUUGGUGGCUGUGGGAACUCCGAACUAAAUUUUCCUGUAUAUAUACCAAACUUAUUAGGAAGAGAUGUUGGGCUGAGUAGUAAAACCUUGUGCAUGCAGAGCCAACAAUUUCUGGCGGAUGGAACCCCAGUUCGACACUAUGAUGUCCACAAUCUAUAUGGCUGGUCACAAACGAAGCCUACAUUAGAUGCUUUACAAAGUGCCACCGGAGAACGUGGCAUUAUCAUUCCUCGUUCAACAUAUCCGUCGAGUGGCAAAUGGGCAGGCCAUUGGCUUGGUGAUAACUUCUCGCGGUGGGAUCAGCUUUUGAAAUCUAUAAUUGGUAUGAUGGAGUUCAGCCUUUUCGGAAUAUCCUACACUGGAGCAGAUAUCUGUGGUUUCAAUGAACAUACAAACUACCAAAUGUGUGCCCGUUGGAUGCAGCUGGGAGCCUUUUAUCCAUUUGCCAGGAAUCACAACGGCAUAGGCUAUGUGAGGCAAGAUCCUGUAUCCUUUGAUCGAGCUUUCGAAGACCUAUCCAGGAAUGUGCUCAAUACCAGAUACACUUUGCUCCCCUAUCUCUACACACUGUUAUAUGAGGCUCAUGAUCACGGAAGCACAGUUGUGCGCCCUUUACUCCACGAAUUUACAGAUGAUAGAACAACAUGGGACAUAGACAGACAGUUUCUCUGGGGACCGGCAUUGCUCAUCAGCCCUGUGCUGGAUGAAAAUCAAACAACAGUGAAUGCUUACUUUCCUGAUGCCCGCUGGUAUGAUUAUUACACAAGCAAAGACAUUGGAGUCCGAGGAAAUUAUUCUGUCUUACAAGCUGAGCUUGAACACAUCAACCUUCAUCUCAGAGGUGGCUACAUUAUCCCAUGGCAACUACCUGAUCUGAAUACCAAUGCCAGUCGAAAGCAACCAAUGGGUCUUACGGUUGCUCUGGAUGAUAAUGGUGCUGCUCAAGGGCUUCUUUAUUGGGACGAUGGAAAAACUAUUGAUGCAUAUGAGAAUGGCCUUUACCUCUUACACACAUUUAAUGUCAGUCAGAAUGCUUUGGACAUCAGCCUCGCCCACGAGGGAUAUUUUGACCCAAACAACUUAAAAUUCAGUGAAAUUAAAAUUUUAGGACUGUCAAGCAAACCUGUUAAUGUUAUGGUGUUUCAAAAUGGUGCGCCAAUCUCAUCCAGUCAUAAUGAGACCUAUGAUUCUUCAACUCAGCUCUUGCACAUUCAAGGUCUUCAGCUUGCACUGGGGCAAAAGUAUACCUUGAAAUGGGGGCAGCCUACUGAAGAUACAGAAAAAUUCAAUUGUUAUCCAUAUCCAGAACCAACACAAAGCACUUGUGAAGAACGUGGCUGUUUCUGGCAGGUUGUCUCUACUCCUGGUGUGCCUCACUGCUUUUAUCCCAAGAAUUAUGGCUACACCGCCAGUAACAUUCAACACAGUGCUGAGGGCGUGACAGCUGAUCUGCAGAGGAACACAAUCUAUCCUAAUCCUUAUGGGUCUCAAUCACCAGCUGUUGACCAGCUUCGCUUGGUAGUGACCUACCAUUACAACAACAUGCUGCAGUUUAAGAUCUAUGAUCCCAACCACAAAAGAUACGAAGUUCCAGUCCCGCUCUUCACGCCAAGCAGCUCUCAAAGUACAGAAGCCAGCCGGCUCUAUCAAGUGGACAUUGUGAACAAUCCAUUUGGCCUUCAGAUCCGACGCAAAAGCACAGGAACCAUUAUCUGGAAUUCUCAGGUGCCGGGCUUCACCUUUAGCGACAUGUUCAUUCAGAUUGCUACUCGCCUACCAUCACAGUAUGUGUACGGAUUUGGAGAAACUGAGCACACUCAAUUCCGGAGGGAUAUGAACUGGCAGACCUGGGGAAUGUUCACAAAAGAUCAACCACCCGGUUACAAGCUGAACUCCUAUGGCUUUCACCCCUUCUACAUGGGACUUGAAAAUGAUGGAAAUGCUCAUGGAGUUCUUUUGCUGAACAGCAAUGCUAUGGAUGUCACCUUCCAGCCAACACCUGCCCUGACAUAUCGCACAAUUGGAGGAAUUUUGGACUUUUACAUGGUUUUAGGGCCGAAGCCAGAAGAAGUAGUUCAGGAGUACACUGCACUAAUUGGACGUCCUGUCAUGCCACCCUAUUGGGCCUUGGGAUUCCAGCUUUGCCGCUACGGGUACAAAAACACGUCUGAGGUUGCCGAAGUGUAUGAUGCAAUGAGGGCAGCUAGAAUACCCUACGAUGUCCAAUAUACAGACAUUGAUUACAUGGAACGGAAGCUAGACUUCACACUUGGCAAAAACUUCUCUGACCUUCCAGCUUUUGUUGAUCGAAUAAAAUCGGAGGGUUCAAGGUACAUCAUCAUUCUGGAUCCAGCCAUAUCAGGCAAUGAAACUGAACCAUAUAACACCUUCACAAGUGGUGUUCAGGAGGAUGUUUUUAUCAAAUGGAUCAACAGUUCAGACAUUGCAUGGGCGAAGGUGUGGCCAGAUUAUCCCAAUGUAACUGUUGAUGAAAAUGCAAGUUUGGAAGUUCAACUGGAGCUGUACCGGGCUUAUGUCGCUUUCCCAGAUUUCUUGCGCAGUUCCACAUCGCAGUGGUGGCAAAGAGAGCUAGUGGACUAUCAUGCCAAUGUACUCAAAUACGAUGGGCUGUGGACUGACAUGAAUGAACCAUCCAACUUCAUUGAUGGAGCUGUUGGUGGCUGCAGGGAUCAAGGCUUAAACAAACCUCCCUAUAUGCCAGCCUUGGUUUUAAGAGAACGAGGACUGGAUCUUGUGACGCUGUGCAUGGAUACUGAACAGCAUCUGUCUGACGGAACACCUGUGAGACACUAUGAUGUACAUAACCUGUACGGAUGGUCUCAAGCAGAAUCAACUUACUAUGGUAUGCGCAACGCCACAAAGGAACGUGGGAUCAUUAUUACCCGUUCAACUUAUCCCUCCAGUGGACGAUGGGUAGGACAUUGGCUUGGCGAUAACUAUGCAAGAUGGGAUCAGCUUACAAAAUCUGUGAUUGGUAUCAUGGAGUUCAGCCUCUUUGGAAUCUCCUAUACUGGUGCUGACAUCUGUGGCUUCUUCAAUGACACAACCUAUGAAAUGUGUGCCCGAUGGAUGGAACUUGGAGCCUUCUACACCUUCUCAAGAAAUCAUAAUGUGAUGGGAACUAGGAGGCAAGAUCCUGUCUCCUUUGAUGAAAGAUUUGUAAAUAUAUCAAGGGAUGUGCUCAGCAUACGCUACAGAUUGCUACCCUAUCUCUACACAUUGAUGCAUAAUGCCCAUGUCAACGGUGACACUGUUGCCCGUCCUUUGCUGCAUGAGUUUGUGGGUGACAAAACAACAUGGGACAUCUACAAACAAUUUUUAUGGGGCCCAGCAUUUCUCAUCAGCCCAGUACUUGACCAAGGUGCUGUGACAGUACAUGCUUAUAUACCAGAUGCCCGGUGGUAUGAUUAUCACACGGGGAAAUAUAUCGGAGUGCGAAGACAAUUCCAGGACUUGGGUGCACCUUUGGAGCAUAUCAAUCUUCAUAUCCGGGGUGGCUACAUCAUCCCCUGGCAAGAGCCUGAUAUUACUACCAAUGCCAGCCGGAAGAACCCUCUGGGGCUCACUGUUGCUUUGGAUGAUAAUGGCAAUUCCCGAGGAGAACUUUACUGGGAUGAUGGAAUUACAAUUGAUGCAUAUGAAACUGCCAACUACUACUUUUCAACAUUUCAAGUAACGCAGAAUACAUUGACUGUCACUGUGGUCCACAACAAUCUACCUGAUGCCCUUGUCUUAAGAAUGGGUUAUCUGCAUGUCUGGGGAGUCACAUCCUCAGUUACAAGUGUUACUGUUACUUAUGAUGGGCAAACAGAACCAGCUACCCUAGAAUAUGAUUCAGCAAACCAGAUACUAAAAGUGGAUCUCACCAGCAAAGAUUACCUCAUUCAUAAAUUAGCCCAGGUCAGAUGGGUGACAAGCACUUAACUGUCUGCAGAAAACAUGCUCCAUGAGAACCUCGCCGUGGCUCUAAUGAAUGUGUAUUGUAAUAUAUUUUAAAAAACUGUGUUUUGUUAUGUUAGCAGUAAACAAAUGAAGGAAUGGGUGGGACUGAACUGUAGUUAAAAUAUAAUAAGGCAUUUUCAUUUUUUUUAAGGCAAACCAUUUUUGUUGUAUCUGACAACUCUAGAAUACUGCUUUCGGCCUUUAAAAUGAGAAGGGAUGUUUAUUUCACUGGAAUGCAGGGGUAGGGGAUAAAUUUGUAAAAUAGGCAGUUGAAUGUAUUUAAUAUAUAUAUCAAUUAUAGCAGUACAAUCUGUAUGUCAGGAAUCACAUUUUUGGUCUGUUUUGCAAAGGAGUUAAAAUGCCAGUAUGAUGCCUAACAUGAUGAACUAUGCAAUUGUAGUUUAUUAUGAUGUUUAUAAAUAUCUCUGCAAGAGUGUGUGAUAAAAUGCAACAGAGCAUUAUUAUUAUUUUGUAAAUUAUACUAAUGUGACAAUAAAACUCCACCGACAAUGUACAUAGUU